AUGGGCGGAAGUAGUCGUCACGAAAGAGACCGCGACUAUUCAGAAGGAAGUUCUUCUAGAAGAUCCCGCCAAGACGACUCUGUUAAUGUAUCAAGUGGUACGGCCAAUGAAGUGGGAAGAGAAUUUGCAAAUCGUUACGGGGGGCUAUUUUCUGAAAAAGAUUGGAAAUGUCCAAUUUGUUCCAAUAUAAAUUGGGCUAGGAGAGCAGAAUGUAAUCAAUGUAAAACACCAAAACCAGGUUUAGAAACUACUAUGGGUUCAAGGGAAGGUCGUGGUGGAGGAUUUAUGGAGCGCGAUGAAGUAGUAGAAUACAAGAAAUCAAGAGAUGCAGAAAAAGACGAAGAAUGGGACGAAUUUGGUAGAAAAAGGAAAAAGAAUAGAGAUAGCGGAAUUUAUAAUAAUGGGAACGACGGUAGACGAGAAUUUUGGGCCGCAUGGGAUGAUAUUAUUGGUAAUGAAGACACAAAAGAGAAAACAAAUGGAAAAAAAGACAAUCAAAAUAGGUCAAUUGAUGAUAGAGAACAGUCUAAAAAGCCAAGGUUAGAUAAUCAGUACCGUCGACGUUCUUCACGGUCACGAUCACCAUGCCGUCGCGAUCGUUCAUUGUCGCGGUAUAGGCGAUCACGUCGAAGUAGCAGAUCUAUUUCUCGAGAUCGCAUGAGAAGUCGAUCAAAAUCAAGAGAUCGAAAGAAGUCAGAAAUUGAUAGUCGUUAUUAUAAAUCACGAGAGCGAGAUUUGGAUAAGGAAAGGGAUAGGAGAAAAACACAUCGUAGUAGAUAG